AAAGAGCGCGUUAUAUGGAGUGUGCGUAACUUGACACGUUUGCAAAUGGCAAACGAUAAGGCUUUUAAUCUUCAGUCUGCUUAUUCAGAUCUCAACAAGGCGUGUAGUGCUCAAGCGUAUGAUAAGAUUAUAAAUAUUUCUGGGAAAAUUCUGACAAAGUUUCCUGGUGAAACGAAAGCUUUUCAGUGCAAGGUUGUUGCCCUUAUUCGAGCCGAAAAAUACGAAGAUUGUUUGAGUUUUUUGAAAAAAAACCCAACACUAUCUAGUCAUGUCAUCUUUGAGAAAGCUUACGUUGAAUAUAGACUUAAUCGUCUCACGGAAGCCGCAAAAACUCUUGAAUCAGCCGAGGCAAGCGAUUCAAAAGUUCAGGAACUUAAAGCACAAGUGUUGUACAGAAAAGGUGAUUUUGCUGGUGCAUACGCAUACUUACGGACAGUGAUUCGUAAUUCUCAAGAUGAUUAUAGUGAAGAACGGCUUGCAAAUCUAACGGCAGUGGCUGCUGCUGAAUCAUGCUUUAAUAACGCUAAUCUAGACUUAGAUGUUAACCCACAAAUGUAUGAAGGAAAGUUUAAUUUGGCAUGUUAUCAUCUUGGACGUGGUGACUGUCAUCUCGCAUCCAGAUUGUUAGAUGAUUCUGAAAAUACUUGUAAUUUAUGUCUCUCUGAAGACCCGGAAUUAACUGAAGAGGAGAGGAAUGAAGAGUUAGCUCCUAUAAGAGUUCAGCGGGCCUAUAUUUUGCAGCUCAAUAAGGAGGAAGAAGAAGCGAACCAGGUGUAUCAAUCUGUCAUUCGACAAAGAGCUUCAGAUCCUGCCCUUUUAGCAGUGGCUGCCAACAAUAUUGUCUGUAUCAAUCAGGAUCAAAAUAUAUUCGACAGCCGUAAACGUAUUAAGAUGGCUUCGACAGAUGGUUUACAAUUUAAGCUUUUUUCCCGCCAACGUGCUGAUAUGCUUAUCAACCAAGCUUUGUUUUACUGGUAUACGAACCAAAUGGAAGCUUGUACCGCAAAACUGCGUACAGUUUCACAAGAGGAGUUAAGUCCGCGGGCUUUGCUUUUAUCGGCUACUCAGUUAAUUAAAGAGAAGAAUGUUGAUAAAGCAGUUUUACUCCUGGAAAGUUAUUUAUCCAAUUUUGCUGGUAGUCAGAUAGAUGCAGAAAUCCCUUUAGCUUUGGCCCAAUUAAAUCUUCGCCGAACAUCUGCAAAUAAUUUGGGGACUGGUAGUCCUCAACCUAAAAAUGCAUUAAAUGUAGCUCAAAUGCUUGAAAACAUUCUUCCCCAGCACUUAAUUCAUUCUCCCGGUGUUUUGUCAACACGCAUCGCUUUAUAUCUUUUAGCAAGCUCUGGUGAAAAUGCUGUACAGACGCGUCCUGAUAGCAUGAAACAAAUAGUCAAUUGUAUUGAAUCAACCCUUCAUUAUUAUGAAGAGUUAGGAGAACAGAAUGAAAUCUAUUCCCAUUUGUUGGAUAAUUGUGCUGCGUUUCUUCUGCAACAAGGUGAGGCAAAACUUGCGGCCGAACUUCUUGAAAAACAAUUAGCCCGACUUGAAUCAAACAUUUGUCAAGAAAAACAAAACAGUUUGAUUAAACAAGUACUGGUAGCUCGGUUGGUGCGUGCCUAUGCACAGUUUGAUCGUCCUAAGGCUGAACAAACCUGUAAAUCAUUACAAGCUAAAGAAUCCCUCUCAGAGGCUGAUGUAGAUACGUUGGAAACUACGUUUUUAUACGGAGCAAAGUCCUUAAAACGGCUUGGCAAACCUAGUGAACCUACAGAUACUUCAGACAAAGGCAAAUCAAAAAGAAGCCAAAUUAAAAAAAGCAUUUCUGACAUUCCUUCCUCAGAAGAUCCUGGUGCGCAACCGGUUAUUUCACGUCCUAAGCGUAAAAAGAGGAAGGUUCGCCUGCCAAAGAAUUAUCAACCAGGAGUUAUGCCUGAUCCUAAUCGUUGGUUACCUCGACGAGAACGUACUCACUAUCGUGGCAAACGUCGUGACAAGCGAUUUGCUCCUACACGUGGUCCUCAGGGUCAAAUAACUGGAGAAAGUGAAUGGUAAGUACUGUUUCUGUCAUAUUUAGUCUGUUUAUUUAGUUUCCGCGCACGUUACUUCUUACUUAUGAACGUGCUAUUUUCAACUAUUAAAAUGUUAGUACUAAUUUAUGUGUGUACAUAACCAUGUUGGUAAUGAAUUCUGCCACAACAGUCAAAUCUUCUGAUAUCUUGGAAUGGACCGUUCUAAUGUUUACACUUAUGGACACAAUAAUCAUUACAUGCCGGCUCAGAGGUUUAGAGGUUAAGUAUUGGCGCUCGAGACCAAAGGUCCUGAUUCUGGUUUCUGCAUGCGAGGGGCCGUGAGUGCGCAUUGCUGGGUUUCAUAUAGGACUAAACGGCCGUCCAGUGAUUCCAAAUUUUUAAUGAUGGUCUAACAUUCAUUUGUCCAUGAUUUCAGUGAAACUUAAUCUCUACAAUCCUAUACUGACAAUAUAGUCAGUUUGCGGAACUUUUAUUUGUGCGUUAUCUAGCUACUAUUUUGAGUAUUAUGGUGACGACAACAGUUAUUUUUGUUGGUGAAAACGUUCCACAACUUAUUUACCAAGAUUUUAAUCAGUGAUGUUCCUUCGAAACAUUGAAUACUACUACUAGACUAGGAGAAACCUGUCCCUUAACCCUGGGGUGAAUCGCUGUUGUUUGUUUAACACAAAAUGUCAAUCCACGUAUAGUAGAAGCCAAAGUGGCUUAUCCCCAUCUGGAUCAGCUUUGGAGACAUCUUUAUUUUAUAUUAACCGUAAAGGGUUCGGUUUACAACGUAUCAGAGUAUUUCUGCUCUUUGUUCGUGAGACCUGAUCUCUCAAAGCUGAAGAAGUGCAGUGACUAUGUUGCAUGAUUGAUGAUAUCCGGUGGCAACACCGCCUUUGUCACUCCAAUACCUGACAAUGUGCAUUUUGGACAUAGGCGAUAAUUGGAAUAGUGUCAUCGUCGUGGAAUAUCAACUUCAGUAACUGGGUCGUGUUUUACGAGUUCCAUCUCACUGACUUCUACAUCGAAGAUCGUUUGUUUACUCUGAUAGUGAGUGGAAAAAGCAAUGUGAUGGUCAAUUUAUGAUAUGGCACCGUGACAAGGAGAUAGGAUUGUGAUCUGUCAGUCUUUAGAAAAUGUGAAACUCAGUAGAUUAAGAUGUUAUUAGAUAUGGUUCAGAAUAAAAGUCGGUGGUAAUUCAAUCCUGAUUUUCCUUCACACUUCACAAAAGUGAGAUCUACUUAUUGGGCUAGGAGAAGUCUUACUCGGUUAUGCUGCGAAGUAAAUUAUAUUUCUCAUUAAAUGCGACUCAUUUUUAUUUAUUGAUUGAUUUUAGUACUCUUUCCUCCCUUAGUCUUCAUUUUUAUCGCUUCAUUGGUGUUUUACAUUUUUCGGGACCCCACUGUACUAGAAUUCACGUACUUAAACAAUGCUUCACAUCAAAUUAUGUGUAUUGUUUUUUUAUUCAUUUUAAGAGUUUUGAGAUUUGAAUUAUUUAUAAAUGCACAUAGAAUAACCAGAUACAUAAUGAUUUUAUUAUAAACUAUUCAAUUGUAGAUUCAUCUAUACAUAAAUUUUGUAAAUCUAAAAAAAAUUUCAUUUUAGGGAUGCUGCUAUACGUAGUCCUAAAGUCAAAAUUCCUGAAGACGGUUCAGCAGGAUCUACUCCUAAACAAAUGUCUAAUACAGCUAAACAGCAACAAAAGAAAGGUCGUAAGAAAGGCCGAUAAUAUCAUCAAAAAUAAACAAAACAAAACAUAAGUCCAAUUAAUCUGUAAUUGUUUGGUCGUGUAAUUUAUGCACUGUAUUUGUGCAUCUAUGUACAUGUUAUUUGUACUCUAAAUUUUUUUUCCUUUUCAAAUCCCGAAAACAUCUGUAUGUAUACCCGUAUUGAAAUAUAUUUGUUUUUAUUAGAUAAUUGUGUAUGACAGUAUAUUCUUAAUACUUAAAGCAUCAUUUUCAUGGGUUACAAUGUUUAAUUUCUUAUUGUUUAUUUAAUAUUCAUUAUAAGUGUAGUGAUUGUUAGUCUUUUUCAUUAUACUUUUAUUAUUGAAAGGUUAUUUCUUUUUUUCUUCAUUAUAUCACUACAUAUUUAUUUGGUCUUUAUGGAUUAUAUUUUCGUUUGGUAAUCAUAAAUAAGAAUUAACGGUGUUAACAUUUUCUAACCAGUUAAAUAUAUAUUUAUUUUAUUUUAAAUCAUAGUUUACCUCUAAAAUAAUGUAGGAAAAAAGUAUUACUAUGUGCAUCUACCUUAGAGUGUAAGCAUAGUGAUAUUAUCUUGAAGAUACCACAGGUAUUGUAGUUUGAGAACACUUUACCAGUAACACCUAUAAUUGAAUCGCGCCUACCCAGUGAAAUUAAAAGUCAGAAGCGAGGAGGUUGG